AUGAGCAUUCCAUGCCCUCCGCCACCUGGCGAGGAGCCCACGGCAUAUCAGAGCGGAUCUCAAGGCAAAAAGAUCCGCAUAGGAAUAUGUGCUAUGAAUCGCAAAGCGACGAGCAAGCCGAUGAGGGCUAUCAUGUCGAAAAUUGUCGAUUAUUAUAAGGAUUGGCUCGAGUACUUCAUUUUCCCCGAGUCCGUAAUAAUUCAUGAGCCAGUGGAUCGGUGGCCACUUUGCGAUUGCCUCAUCUCGUUUCAUUCCACCGAUUUUCCUUUACACAAGGCGAUUGAAUAUGUGAAGCUUCGAAAGCCAUAUGUUAUUAAUGAUCUCAAGAGACAGUAUGAUUUGCUAGACCGUCGGAAGGUGUUCCGCACGUUGGCCAAAGAAGGCAUUGAACAUCCUCGUCAUGGUGUUUUAAUGCGGAAGCGAUUCCAACGAAGGAAGUAUUUUUUUAAAUUCUGCGUUUUAGACGGAAUACUGGUAGAGCACAAUGACCAUAUCGAAGUGAAUGGCAUGGUGUUCAAUAAGCCGUUCGUCGAGAAACCCGUCUCAGCUGAGGACCAUAAUAUCUACAUCUACUAUCCGAGCUCAGUUGGUGGAGGGUCCCAACGAUUAUUUCCGAAAGCACAGCAGUGUGGAUUUCAGAUCAAUAAUCGAAGUAGUUGGUACUCUCCGGUGAGCGAAGUGCGGAAGGAUGGCUCUUACAUCUAUGAAGAUUUUAUACCGGCCGACGGGACAGACGUGAAGGUCUACGCCGUCGGUCCGUACUAUGCUCACGCUGAAGCUCGGAAAGCACCUGGUCUCGAUGGAAAAGUCGAGCGAGAUGCUGACGGUAAAGAAGUACGGUAUCCGGUAAUACUGAGCCACAAGGAGAAGAUGAUCGCUCGACGAGUGGUGCUGGCGUUUGGCCAAACCGUAUGCGGAUUCGAUUUACUGCGAGCCAACGGGAAGUCCUAUGUCUGUGAUGUCAACGGCUUUUCGUUUGUAAAGACGUCAACUAAGUAUUAUGAGGAUACAGCGAAAAUUCUUGGCAACACUAUUAUGCGUCGACUGGCGACAACGAUGAGUGUACGGAUACCAUACCAGUUGCCGGUUGGAGAGCAGGAAGCCCCGCCGUUGCUCGAUCUAGGCCUUGGAGAUGAUCCUCCGAUCGUAUCGACCCCGUCAGGAAAACUGAUGGAGUUGAGAUGCGUGUUAGCCGUCAUCGUGCAUGAUGAGCGGUUUUUCGCGCUCUUCAAAAAAUACGAUGGAUUCAAGAAAAACGAGAUCAAAAUGAAACGCCCGAAUCAGCUAAUGGAGGUGCUGGAGCUGGCCAGAGAGAUCCUUGCAGAGCACAUUGCGUUGCGUAACUCGCUGUUGACGUCGAUGGAGGCUUACGAAGACUCUGGAGAGGAAAGCCAACGCGUCGAACAUGAGCUGGAAGAAGUCGAGGAGGCGAUCAAACGCUGGGAUCAGAUGCGAGCCGUCCUUGAAAUGUAUGAUGAACAUCGUAGUGAGAGUGGAGAUUAUGAGGAGAGUGACACGGCGGGUACAAGUAGUUCGGCCGGUUUAGUAGAGUUUUCCAAUGAGGACAGGUUAGUAAUGGAGUGUCGGCUGGAUUCGGCCGGUGAAGAAUCGCACACCAGCGACGACAGCGAUAGGUCUGAUUAUUGCAGGUAUGGCCAUUUCUCGGGCAUAAAUCGCAAAGUACAGCUGAAAUAUCUGAAGGCUCGUGAAUUCCGUUCGGGUGAGAAUGAAGAGACGCAGCAACAGGGACCAGCGUUGAUGCUGAUACUCAAAUGGGGAGGCGAAUUGACGACAGCGGGUAAUCUUCAAGCCGAAGCGCUUGGAAAACUGUUCCGCACACUCUAUCCGGGAAUUCGUCGGGCCGAUGGAAAAAGUUCGCCUGAGGAUACACAGGGCCUCGGGUUUUUACGACUCCACUCCACCUACCGUCAUGAUCUCAAAAUAUACGCUUCUGAUGAAGGUCGUGUUCAGAUGACAGCUGCAGCUUUUGCAAAGGGCAUGCUUGCGCUGGAAGGAGAACUGACUCCGAUUUUGAUGCAAAUGGUCAAGUCGGCCAACACCGAUGGCCUGCUCGACGACGAUUGCCAUGCGAGAGAUUUCCAGUCUGAGCUCAAAGGAUAUCUUCAUCAAGCAUUACAGGUCGAUCGAGAUUGGACUCCGGAAGACUAUCAAGCGCUAAAUCCUGACGGUCUCAAGUCGAUCAAUAACGCGAUGGAGUUCAUUCGCAACCCCAAGAAGAUGUGUCAUGAAAUUGCCGGCUAUGUCCAACGAAUGUGUGAUAUCAUCAAUCACAACAAAUAUACCAAGCCACAUCGUACUCUCUACUUGAACGAAACGUGGGAUCUCGCGGAACGACGAUGGGGAAAGGAGCUGCGGGAAUUCAGACGAGAGAACAAAGGUGGCGAUGUGGAGUAUGACAUCUCAAAAAUCCCAGAUAUCUACGAUAAUAUAAAGUAUGACAUGGAACAUAAUCCUGAUCUUUGUGUCGACAAUGAAGGCGAAUUCGAAAGGAUGUAUGUAUGUGUAAAGAAUAUGGCUGAUAUUGUUGUACCGCAGGAAUACGGCAUUCGUAAGGAAAACAAAAUAUGUGUUGCUCAACGUGUUUGCACACCUUUGUUGAAGAAGAUCCGUAAUGAUCUACAUAGAUGUAUUGAGUGUUCUGAAGAGGACGAGAGUCAGACGAGGCUCGACCCGAGAGCUUCUGAGGGCAUUGCCACUCCACUUCGUCACGUACGUACCAGGCUGUAUUUCACCAGUGAAAGUCACAUUCACACUCUAAUGAAUCUCAUUCGAUACGGUGGACUUUGUUCCGUCGAUGACAAAAAAUGGCAACGUGCUAUGAACUUUCUUUCUGGUGUCACUGAAUUCAACUACAUGACACAGGUGGUCCUGAUGGUAUACGAGGAUAGUCGAACUGAUAGUACUGCAACUGGUACGGAGCGUUUCCAUAUUGAGCUCUUGUUCUCACCAGGACUGUAUCCAUGUUUCUUAACCGAGAAGGAGCGAAUCUAUGAAAAUCGGCUAAACAAAUCUAACGGAAUGACAAAGAGUCACUCACGAGAAGGGAAUUGCAACGGGUCGGUCUCACCCUCAUCAGCGGAGGUUGUCAAAGAGAAAAACGAAGAGCCUCAGCCGAUAUUCAUUUCUGUACCGGUGCCUGCAGACGAUGUGUCCGUAUCGAGUGCGAAUGAUGACCAGAAAGCAGCCGAAACGACUGGGUUGGUAAGCUCUUCGUCGAAAAUGCAUCAGCCCGAUUCUGAGGACGAUCUCAACGACGCGCAUUCAGUGAAUCUAGUCGCACUGGACGAAGUGAACACGAAGCAGUACCGUGGCGAUGUGGAGUAUGACAUCUCAAAAAUCCCAGAUAUCUACGAUAAUAUAAAGUAUGACAUGGAACAUAAUCCUGAUCUUUGUGUCGACAAUGAAGGCGAAUUCGAAAGGAUGUAUGUAUGUGUAAAGAAUAUGGCUGAUAUUGUUGUACCGCAGUGUUCUGAAGAGGACGAGAGUCAGACGAGGCUCGACCCAAGAGCUUCUGAGGGCAUUGCCACUCCACUUCGUCACGUACGUACCAGGCUGUAUUUCACCAGUGAAAGUCACAUUCACACUCUAAUGAAUCUCAUUCGAUACGGUGGACUUUGUUCCGUUGAUGACAAAAAAUGGCAACGUGCUAUGAACUUUCUCUCUGGUGUCACUGAAUUCAACUACAUGACACAGGUGGUCCUGAUGGUAUACGAGGAUAGUCGAACUGAUAGUACUGCAACUGGUACGGAGCGUUUCCAUAUUGAGCUCUUGUUCUCACCAGGACUGUAUCCAUGUUUCUUAACCGAGAAGGAGCGAAUCUAUGAAAAUCGGCUAAACAAAUCUAACGGAAUGACAAAGAGUCACUCACGAGAAGGGAAUUGCAACGGGUCGGUCUCACCCUCAUCAGCGGAGGUUGUCAAAGAGAAAAACGAAGAGCCUCAGCCGAUAUUCAUUUCUGUACCGGUACCUGCUGACGAUGUGUCCGUAUCGAGUGCGAAUGAUGACCAGAAAGCAGCCGAAACGACUGGGUUGGUAAGCUCUUCGUCGAAAAUGCAUCAGCCCGAUUCUGAGGACGAUCUCAACGACGCGCAUUCAGUGAAUCUAGUCGCACUGGACGAAGUGAACACGAAGCAGUACCCUGGAGAAGAAAAGAUUGGGAAGAGGCAAAGACAUGCAACUGGAGGAGAGAAAGCGAGCGAAGAAGGUGAUCUACCUAGGGAGGAUCUCACGUUAGAUUGGAAGCAAACCAACGGACUAAUGAAGAGUCCCAGUCAGGUCUCUGUCGGGGACGAGGAGUGUCAGGCAACUGUGGGCCAUGGGCGAGGCAAAUGGGCGAACGAGCUUGUGGAUGAAACAAGAAAAGCUAUGAAUAGCAUCACAGAGGUUGAAGAAAAGCAAAUGGAACGGAAGGACAGCACAUCUUUGCCAAACACGGAUCAUAGCAUUGUGGCCGACGAAAAAUCGCGUCGCUCACGAUUCCCGUAUAGAUUCAAACAUCAUACUGUGAAUCUACUAACAGGAGGUUCCGGUUCCGUCCAAAAUCGCCUAAUCAGUACCAAUGUCCUUAUGGGCAAAUGCGGCGGCGAUCAUUCGGAUAAAAAUCGUCGGCAGACAUACAUACCUAAUCCGGCCGUGAUGUCCACAGCAGUCAUUGCUAGAUCUUCUAGCGCCCCUCGUCUUCAGACGUACAAAGCUGAAGAUGAUAUCUCCGUAGGAGAAAUAAGACGCUUCUGGCCACCUCUACGAUCUCUGGAGACGCUACAUGACAGCCUGUCCUUCAUGGAAUUCGAUCGGUUCCUUACUCAUCUUCUCUCCACUCGUACUCCUCUUCCAUCGCCACCCAAAACCCCGUUGCUACUCACUCAUGAAGAUUCAGUCGAUGCAAACAUGAAAGGCAUACAAGAGGAAGUGGAACGGCUCAGAGCGCUUGGAAUCAACGACAAAAAGUUGCUCUAG